AUGGACUACAAGCUCCACCCUACCGGCUGGUCGUUCAGCGGCCCCGCCGGCACCGCGGCUCAGGACCCCAUCUACAGCUUCAAGCGCUUCAGCGAGCUGUAUCUGAAGGCGGAUUCGGAGUACAAAGGGCGCUAUUCGGUGCCUGUACUUUGUGACAGGGAGGAGGAGACGAUUGUUAACAAUGAGAGUCCUGAGAUUGUGCGGAUGAUAUACAGUGGGUUCUGGGUUCGAUUCCCUGCUGCCGUUGGAGAUGAGGUCGUUGGUGGGCUUUAUUCAAAGGGUUUGCGAGGGAAGAUUGAUGGGAUGGACGGGUGGGUGAACUCUGUGCUGAAUACGGGCGUUUACAAAACCGGAUUUGCGACUGAGCAGGGGAAUCAUGAGAAAGCGUGUAUCGAAGUCUUCGAGGCAUUGGAUCAGGUUGGGGAUAUUCUAGCUAACAGCAAGGGAGAGUAUUUGUUUGGUGAGCACAUUACGGAGGCAGAUGUGCGGCUUUAUCCUACGAUUGUGAGGUUUGAUACAGCCCACUAUACGCUGUUCAAGUGUAACCUGAAGAUAAUAAGGCAUGAUUAUCCGAAGAUCCAAAGGUCGCUAGUCAAUCUGUACGGGCAGAAGGGAUUCGGGGACACGACGGAUGUUGAACACAUUAAGAAAGGCUAUGCUUUGACACCGCGGAACAAUCUUGUGCCUUUGGGCCCAGCGCCGGAUAUGCCCCUGGCAGAGAAGUAG